UGCCGAAGGUGUUCAAUUAGACGAAUUAGCAUUAAAACGUUUAUGUGAAAUUGGAAUGAAUGCUUCUUUACGUUAUACAAUUCAAUUAUUAACCCCAGCAAAAUUAUUAGCAAUAAUUGGGGGAAGAAAAAUUGUUGAAAAAGAGGAUGUUAAUGAAUGUUUGGAUUUAUUUAUUGAUAGUAGAACAUCUGCUAAAUUAAUUAAAGAAGAAAAUAAAAAUGAAGGAAAUAAAGGAAGAAAAGAAGGGGGAAAUGAUGUUGAAAUGAAUGAAUAA